AUGGCCCACCAAAACAGUCCCUUCAAAUCCGGUACGAUACCGACGCUUACCGAUCCUGACCGAACCCUACACGCCGCGAAGUUGCAACGGUCCUCGCUGGAAGCAGUACCCGGCGCGGUGUUGGGCAUGUGUGCCAAGCAACUCCCAAAGACCUCAGAGUUUACGCAUGUGAGGUAUUCUGCGGUGACGUGUGGUCCGGAUGAUUUCAAGGACAAUUUCACGCUGCGGCAGGUCGAACUCCGGCCCGCUCGCGUCACGGAGUUAUUCAUCGUGAUUACGAUGUUCAACGAGGACGUGAAGCUAUUCUGCCAGACCAUGCGUAGCGUAAUGGAGAACAUUGCAUAUCUGUGUGAACGCGAAGGGGACAAGAUGUGGGGACCAGGGAGUUGGCAGAAAGUAGUUGUAUGCAUUGUGUCUGACGGACGACAGGAAAUCGAUCCGCGCACGCUAUGUGCUCUCACCGCGAUGGGAGUAUAUCUGGAUAUAGUCAGUCACCGCCCCAGCGAAGAGCCUGUGACUGCACACAUUUACGAGUACACGACGCAAGUUUCUGUGACGGAGACAAUGAAAAUUCAAGGCGCGAAAUACGGAAUUGAACCAGUGCAGGUCAUCUUCUGCCUGAAGGAGAACAACGAGAAAAAGAUCAACUCGCACCGGUGGUUUUUUAACGCGUUCGGGCGGAUCCUCCAGCCAAACGUCUGUGUUCUCUUGGACGUCGGCACGAUGCCCGGAUCCAGGUCGAUCUACCAUUUGUGGAAGGCGUUUGACACCAACCGUCAGGUCGGUGGAGCUUGCGGCGAAAUUAUUGCGCUGAAAGGCAAGUACAUGCGGAACCUGAUCAAUCCCCUUGUAGCUGCGCAGAACUUUGAGUACAAGAUGUCGAACAUUCUUGACAAACCUCUAGAGUCGAUCUUCGGCUACAUCACCGUUCUGCCUGGCGCUUUCAGCGCAUACCGCUACACGGCAGUGCAGAACGACCCGGAUGGUGAAGGCCCACUGCAGAAGUACUUCCUUGGUGAAGAGAAAGCUAAGAGGAGCAUGUUCCGCGCGAACAUGUACCUAGCAGAGGAUCGAAUUUUGUGCUGGGAAAUAGUCUCGAGGCGGGAUGAAAAGUGGCUCCUCCACUACGUCCAGUCCGCAUAUGCUGUCACGGAUGUCCCAAAAGAGGUUCCUGAAUUAAUCAGUCAGCGGCGUCGGUGGUCGAACGGCUCGUUCUUUGGAGCUCUUCACAGCAUAAUUCGUUUCUACUACAUCUAUCGCUCAAAGCACUCCUGGCUACGCAAAUUCUGGUUCCACAUCGAGCUAGUGUAUCAAUGCUUCAACCUCGUGUUCUCCUGGUUCGCUCUCGGAAUCUACUACAUCUCGUUCAGCAUCCUCAGCGAGUCUUUGGAGGACCCGUCGUUCAACCUUGGACGGAGCGUUCACCGUCUCAACGUCAUCUUCAAUUACUUGUAUCUCGGCUUACUCAUUGUCUGCAUUGUCCUCGCUCUGGGCAAUCGGCCGCAGGGGGCAAGGUGGGGUUAUACAAUGGCCCUCAUCGGCUUCGGGGUCAUCACGGUGUAUAUGACGGCUGCGGCGAUAUAUAUCACGAUCAACGAGAUCACUCAUGCGGUCAAGAACGAUCGGCCUUUCAGGCUUAGCACCCUCUUCGCGAACUCAAUCUUCAGGAAUAUCGCCAUACCUCUGUUGGCGACUCUUGGGCUGUACUGUCUUGCUUCGCUCAUAUGCCUCGAGCCGUGGCACAUGGCCACAUCCUUGAUACAAUAUCUGCUCAUCGCCCCUUCAUAUGUCUCCGUGCUCAGUGUCUACGCAGUACGUCUGUCCCCUGACGUGUCAUGGGGAACAAAGGCCCGCGAUGAAAAGAGUACACCCAAAACUAUUCCCCCCACACACGAGACGAAGGCGACGAGUUCAACGAGGAAGAAGAAGGACAAAACAGUCCACCGCACCGCCUCCGAGGUCGCCGCCGCCGCCAAGGAUUUGGAGUAUGACGCCGCGGUCAAGGGACUAAAAGGCCGGGACGAAGCGCACCUGGACUCAGACGCACAAAAGAACGACCGUCCUAGAAAAUUUAGAUCACACUCCGCGACAGGAAAGGCGGCUGACAAGGGCGUGCACAACACCGUCGACGGAUUUUUGGGCUUCAUCCUUUACUCUCUCGCCGGGUUUGCGCUGUUUCGCUUUGUCGGCUUGCUGGUGUACAUGCUCGUACGUAUACUGCCUAGGAAAUAG